CGGCGGGAGUGCUGCAUGGCGCACGUGGCCCGGUGCCUGCUCGUGGGGCAGGGCGCGAACCCGGCGGUGCUGGAGGUCAGCGACGACGCCGACCCGGCGGCGCUCGUCUUCGCGCUCCGGCCCAAGGACAACAGCACCAAGGUGGCCACCGAAGUCGCCUUCCCGGUGGUGUUCAUCGGAGGCAGGCUGCUGGGCGGGCUGGACAGCCUCAUGGCCAUGCACAUGGCCGGCGAGCUCGUGCCGGUCUUGAAGCAGGCAAGAGCCCUCUGGCUUUGAACCUCAGUUCAUGCCGUGCCGUUAAUUAGCUACCCUCUCGCCAUAUAUGUGUGCGAGUGAUUUGUUUCGUGUUUAUUAUCGCCAUAUGUGU